UUUACCUACCCACUUUUUUGGGUUCACUAUCAAUUUUUGUUAAUUUUUGUAAAAUUAUUCCACAGCAGAAUUUAAAAAUGGACAAAUCAUCAGUUGAACAUGACUUAUUUUUGAUGCUGGGUAUCUUAUCGGCGAUUUUUUGUACGCAGAAAGACAUUAACUUGGAUUACGAAGAUCAUGAAGAAGAAACUAACUUAUGUAAAGAAAUUGAAGACGAUAAAUGGCAUCAAAAUACAUUAUCGGUUAAAUCCUUCGUAAAAGAUAAAGCGAUUGAAAUGUAUGCUAAGAAAGGAUUUGAUAAUGUGAAGAAGACUUUAAAAAAUUCAGAACCAUUUCAAGCUGGUUCUAUGGAUAAGGAAAAAGUCAAAGACAAUGAUAUGGACAUUUCAUUUCAAUUGAGAAACGUUAAAUUAUAUAAUUUGGGAUCUUUUCAAGUGAAAAAAUUCAAAAGUAAAAGUGAAAUGAGUUCAGCAGAAUUCGCAGUGGAUGUUCCUUCAAUAAGGGCCAAUACUGAUUAUAAUGUGAAUGGUACUUUCAAAGGGAAAAAAGUCGAUGGAAGUGGAAAUGCCGACGUAAAUGUAACUGGAAUAUCAAUCGAUAAUGGAAAAAUAGUGAUAAAAGAAACACCCGAAGAAAUACAAAUUGUAUCCAUAGAUUUGAUAUACGAUUUCAAAGAUUUGGUGGUGAAACAAUCCGGAUUAAAUAUCGAAGGCUUCCAACCGAACGAAGUAACGGAAUUUUUAAACAACUCUGGUAAAAAGUACCUGAAAGAGAACAGAAAAAAAAUAAGUUCCAAAGUAACCAGCGAACUGAAAUCACGAGCAAAUGCUAAACUCAGAGGAAAAAACCGAGAUCAGCUAAUGGAAAUGUUUAAAAAUUCGUAAAUGCGAUCAUACCGAU